AGGAGGACUGAGGAUUGCGAUGGCGGUAGACUCUUUCAUCUACUUUGCAAACAUCCGGCCCGACUACAAGUGGGGAUAUUGUACCAAUACUGUAGUGUAUGCAUUUCUAAAACCAGAAAAGGCAGAACACUGUGUGGUUUUCUGGAACUGGAGCAGUGGUGAGAAAUAUAUUAAGUAUGUGAAGAAUCUCUUAUCAAUAUCAGCAUGUGGUGAUCAGUGUUGCCUAGCGACUAGAGAAGAUGACUCGACAAAUGGGCAGUGUGUUCUGAUUCUCUGCAACUCCAUUGGCACGCCACUCGAUACCAAGUACAUAGACAUAGAGCCUAUGUAUGUCACCAUGACGACCACGCAUAUCUUUGCUGCAUCCAAGGAAGCAUUCUACGUGUGGCAGUUCAAAAUCCCAAAGCAGCUGGCUGCCAUGGAGAUAGCUGGCAAAAAGCCAAUGGGCAGAGAAAGGCUAUAUCAUAUUGAUGAUUCACCAUCAGGGAUAGCCGAUGCCAUCAAAGACAACAGCAAAGCUUACAUUGAGAACAUGAAGCAGCCAACCAAAGAUCCCAUUUGCUGUAUAUCGGCAACAGACAAGUUAUUGAUCAUUGGCCGAGAGUCUGGUACCCUGAAUCGCUACAGCUUGCCACAGGUGGCGCUCAUAAACAGGAACCAACUUAUGACUCGACCACAGCAGAUUGCUCUGAAUUGCACCUCGACGCGGCUUGCCAUCAUAGACAUAUCUGGCAAUCUUACAUUCUACGAUUUUACCGUAUCGUACAAGGAUGGUACUGACCAGGAGACGUCUGGAGAACUGCUCAAGUUUGAAAGAAAAGACGUGUGGGACAUGAAGUGGGCUGAGGAUAAUUCUGAGCUUUUUUCCAUGAUGGAAAAGACACGCAUGUAUAUAUUCAGAAACCUGGAACCAGAGGAGCCAAUACUCAGCAGUGGCUACAUCUGCGAGUUCACUGACCUUGAGAUUAAGGCUGUGCUGCUAGACGAAAUUAUGAAGGACCCCGAUCAGCCAAGCAAGGACGCCAUGAUGGAAAUGGAGAUCAAGGCAUUAAGAGACAGCCGUGAUCUGCUUGAAAAGGUGGGUACUGAUGAAGCCCUCAAGUUUAUAGAGGAGAAACCUCAUCCUAGACUUUGGCGCCUUCUCGGAGAAAGCGCUCUGCAAAAGCAGGAAUUGAAGACAGCUGAGCUGGCAUUUGUGCGCUGUAAGGACUAUCAAGCGAUUCAGUUCAUCAAGAAGCUACAAACGAUGCAGGUAUUGCAUGGCAGCAUUGCAAGACAGCAUUGCAGUCCAACAUUUACCAAGUGUGGUGCGUGGAGCCGUGGCAUCGUAGUCUAGCCAAAACGAAAUCCAGGAGCAAACUACGAGGAACAUGGUAGGGAUGUAGCUGUGCACGAGGUAGUAACCAUACAAUCUGUACAAUGUAAUCUCCAUCUGUAGACAGCUAAAGUUGUCUGCAAGCAUGGAAUACAAGAGAGUAGCCAAACAGCCUAUCUUAGAAAAUAAAUUAUUAUACGUAUGACACGCGUACGCACGCACGCACGCACGCACGCACGCACGCACGCACGCACGUUGAAUCACUAAUUUUGCUGCAGAUUCCAUCUUUUUGAAGGAAGGCAGCACGUUAUACUUUGUCAAAUUUUAUUUUUGCUUUUGACACGUGUUUUUGCUUGACGUUUAACAUAACCUAUGUGAAAGGCCUUCACUGACAGUGUCACUGACAUUUCAAUGACAUUUACUCCAGUGAUUUGCACUAUAAUACUGUCGUUUAUAAUUCCCUUAUAUGUUGUUUCCAUCUAAGUGUAUAUUGAUAAAUAACAACGUUGUAAUACUUUGUCAAUAUUAUUACGAAUAACGUAAUAUCCAGAAUAAAUAAUUAAUAUUAUUAAUGUGUGUAAUAUAAAUUUGCUUGAUAAUAGAAGUAUAUAUAUGUAGUGCAAAUUAUGGUGGAGUGUGUAAAUAUGAAACAAGGUUUAUUAUUCAAUCGGGCAAGCAAUUUUGUCUCUGUGUAGCAGCUGGUUAUGCUUACCUGAUACAACUUGAAUUUAUUCUCAAAUAUAUGAUCAGUAGAGACACAGU